AUGAGUUCACAAAACAUUGAUGAAAAGCUGUAUAGUUCCCUCAGUCCAAUAGUCUCCUAUCCUUUGGCAACAGAUGACGAUUCUAAUACAGAAUUCCUCCAAAACCAUGACCUAUUCCCAAUGCCACACCAUCAAACUUGUUCUUUGCUGUCUCAAGACAUGACAAGUUCUCCCUUUCCUAUGGAGCUUGAGGUUGAGGAAAUGAGUAUCCUCGGAAGCAAUAACAUUGAGUCCAGCAGUGUCCAAAGGAAGAACAAACAGGCACAAGAAACACAGUUAAGAUUUGAUAAGGGCAAUAAUAAUAAUGAAAAUACAAGUAAGAGACGGCAUCAGCCAAGGCAGGAGCCCCUGCGGAUUUUCGGUGCGAGAAGCUCAAGUUACCGAGGAGUUAGCAGAUACACUGGUCGAUACGAGGCGUUUUUAUGGGAUAACACUGAUCCAACGCAAAAACCAAAGACAGUUUAUAUAGGUGGAUAUGAUGAUGAAGUGUCGGCAGCAAGGGCUUACGAUUUAGCUGCUCUGAAAUUAUGGGGUGAACUUGCGCCGCUGAAUUUCCCAAUUAGUAACUAUGAGUCGGAUUUGGUUGAGAUGAAGCUCUAUACCAAACAUGAAUAUUUUCGCAACAUUAGAAGAAAAAGUAGGGGAUUCUCAAAGGGUGUAUCCAUUUAUCGUGGAGUCUCUAGGAACUCGGAUUUCAAGAAAUGGCAAGCAAGGAUUGGGAAAGGGAAAGAUAUCAAAGGAAUUUACCUAGGAACAUUUGAUACUGAAGAGGAAGCAGCUAGGGCUUACGAUGUUGCUGCCAUUAGGUUGAAAGGUGCAAAUGCGAUUACAAAUUUCGAUAUAAAUGAGUAUGAUCUGAAUGACAUUCUUCAAAGUUCGAAGCUACCAAUUGGCAAGGGUGCUUCUAAGCUAUUGCAGAAAUCUUCUAUCGAAGAUGUUAUUAGAAAGAAAAGAUGUGUCAGUGACAGAAACUCUUUGGUAUAUGAUGAAGAAGAUGAUUCAUGCACCCCCAAUUCCAACCCGGACAUGAACCGAAUCAUUAGUUCCUCUCUUCUUUUUGGCUUCCAGAACCCUGAUGAGUUUCAGGCUAGUCCUACUCAAAUUCAAUGCUUCAACAGCUUUGGAAAUUAUAUGAGCACUGAUGGAAAUCCAAGCUUUAAUUUCAACGUGGAGUAUCCUUUUAAUGUGAAUUCGGAUGGUAACUUUACAAUUUCAGGGGCUGCUGAAAAUUACUUUGGUGAAAUGCAGCCUUCUGAGUUCUCACACAACUUAUCAGCCCUGGAGAAGCUGCAUCAAAUUUCAACCUUCCCCUUUCUACAUCCUUAUCAUCAAAACCCUGUUGAGUUUCCAGAAAAUCUUGCCAGCAAUAGCUUAGGAAAUUGUGUGGGGACUAACAGGGAGUUUAUAGGUAGCCUUCAGGGCCUGUUAACUCUACAAGGACAAGAUUCUCUCAAAUACUUGGACCAGCCUGAAGAUGUUACCACCCAGAACCUCCCUCAAAACCCCAUUAAUUUUCAAACAAAUCGGGUACCGGUCUAUCCAUGGAGCAGCAGCUACAAUGCAGAAGCUUCAAGUUAUGGGAUUUUCAAGGAGGUUCCAAGCACAAAGGAGAAUGAGAAUGAUUCCACAGGAGGCAACGAUGAGUCAGGCCAAGGAGCAGCCAUGGUGAAAAAAGCACUCCCUGGAAAAACUGGAAAUGGAGUGAAAUUCUUCAAAGACUGA